UUUUCUUCUGCUCUGGGUAGCGACCCAGUCUGAACCAACACGUCCAGAUAAAAAUGUCUUCCAUUCAAUUCGAUAAUACCGAAAAUCGCCAGUUGCAGGUCCCCGGCUUUCAUGAUAUCCCAGUGGAUUAUGAAUUACCCGUUGGUCAACGCUUUGCGCACGGAGCUCUGCCAGAUUGGACUGGAAGCCGAGGUCGAGCAAUUCGGUUAACUCAACCUGAGAUUUUCAUGCUACGCAUCAUAGAGAUGCUGACAGAGCGGCAGAACUGGGAGGUUGACGUGUUUGAUGAAGAUAUCAUCCAGCAAUGGUAUAGGGAGAUUCUCGUUCAGUUUCAAGCCCGAUCGGGACCGGAGGAAUGGGGAGAUAUGAACAUCGACUUAGACCUUAUUACCUCAAAGACAUGGGACUGGUGCAUUGCGGAGCUACGUGAUAAGGCUGUCAGCUUCCGUGAAAAGGAUUAUAUCAUUACAUUGAAUGCUGAUUCGGGGGUGUGCAAGUCGGCCGUGCUUGUCAACGAGGACUUGCAAAAGGAAUUACAAGCAGCAUUCCAGCCACUCCUGCAGGAAACACCUGGUUACCAUGACCUGGUGGACCCUGACUUAUACAUGCUGAUCUAUGGUCGUACUGCUGUUCUCAGUCAGGGAGGCCAAGUCACCAUGACUGCUGCCGGCAUAUCGUAUCCUACCACCAGCUCCGACUUCCACGUUGCGCCUUCGCUUCAGCAUCCUAUAGAUAUAUGGACGACACAACAUGGACGCCCGCCAAGAGACGACUCAAUCGGGUCCCUUUAUCGCUGGUCCCACCGAUUCCAGUGGCUACCAUGUGAAGUAGAAUUCGUUAGCUCGGAGGGGACUAACGUGCGAAUCACUUCAUACAUCAACAAUCUUCAUCCACGUAACGGCAAAGCUUAUGCGAUGAUUGAGAAGCUGAUUUCCGCCUGCAUUGAGCCAUGGAACGAUAUUUUGAUCAGGGAUCCUUGCAAAGACUGGCCCGGGCCAACCUGGGCCAUGGACUGCGAGAAGAUCAAACAGUAUCUUGCAACCCCCGAGCCCGACCUAAAAUUUCGAAUCAUCGACGACGAUCCAUCUGAAUCGAUUUAUCCCAAGGAUUUGCUGGGCUUCAUGACUCCAGAGAUGUGGAAGUCUGUCGAACAAGUGCAGGAGGUUGUAUCAGAGAAACGCUUUAGACUUCACAGUUUCCAGUAUCCGGAACCUGGCGUCUAUACUCCUACGAUGAACCAUAACCACCAGUAUCAAUCAGUCUGUUUGCAGAACCAGUUUCGCAACCAGGGAUUACAAGUGAUCGUACGGGUCAGCAGCAUUGAGCUUACUGCAGAGCAAACGAUCUUCUCCGGAGACAAUGACUAUCAUAUUGACGGGCUUCUGAAUGAGCAUAUCGUUGCCACCGCGCGAUACUAUUACGACGUCGAAAAUAUUACCGAGGCGCGUAUCUCCUUCCAGCAAGAAGUCGACCUGGAUGCGUUCGAGAUCACACUGGAGCCCCACGCAAUGCAAAAGAUUUUUGGUUUGCCUCGGGAGGAUGAAGAUCCAGCAACUUUCGGUGAUGCUCCUCCAAAACUACAGACUCUGGGAUCUGUAACCACCAUUCAUCAGGGAUGCUUUUUAGCCUGGCCUAAUACCCUAAGAUACAGGACCUUGCCCUUCUCGCUUCAAGAUCCCUAUCUCUCGGGUCAUCAGCGCUUUAUUACUAUCUGGCUGGUCGAUCCGCACUACCGCAUCUGCUCGUCCCGUAAUGUGCCACCGCAACAGCAUGCCUGGUGGAGAGAGGAUACAAUGCUCGAUCGAUUGGGAUCCCAAUUUGGAUUGCCACAAGAGCUACGAGAUCUCAUUAUACGCGCGACAGAAGAUUGGCCGAUGGGAUUGGAUGAGGCGGUGGGGUUCAAGGAGCAGUCAGCCGUAGAGCGUGAACGUGCUAUCUGUGCCCAAUCCCAAGGGGUGCGUACUCAUGAUUUCUGGCUUCCUAUUCGGCUCGGGGAGCAAGGAUGA